AUGGAUUUCUUUGAGGCGCACGAGGAAGACGAAUCUUCGGAGGAGAUAGAUUUGCUGGGCAACAGCAGCCGCCUUGAUACCGGUCAACCAGACAACACCAAGAGCAACGCAAUGGACUUUUUCGGGACGCACGAAGACGAAUCCACCGAAGAGAUUGAUUUGCUUGGAAGCAGCAGCCACGAAACGUCAGCGAAGGACGAAAAGAAAGUUGACAGUAAGGUUGUCCAGCAGCAAGCGAUGCAGCAUGCGACACCACUCGGAACUGAGCCCGUCAAAAAGACACCUAGGUCAGCCAGUCUGCUUUUCAAGCUCGAUGAGCUCGAGAGACAGUGGACCCAUCAGGACGUAUCGACAAACAAGAACAAUAAUCCUCCGGAAAGAAAUCCGAUCGACAAUUUGAAUCUUUUUGUACCACAAUCAACUGCUCCAUUUUCGCCCUACGCCAAUUCUGAGAUCUCACCAAUAACUUGGGGCAACUCGCCGAUGAUGGUUUCGGUGGAUCAUGGCGCAAAACUUGACGAUGAUUCCAUCUCUACCUUUGGAUCUCUUGGCAGUCCUGGCAUUGGCUUUGCCCCGGCACCGAAGCAGUUGUUUGGUCAAAAUAUGACGUCUACUGCUAGACAAUUGCAAGGAGGACAUCGCCAGAGCAAUGACGACCAGAAGCCUGCUCGCAAGCCAUCACUGUUUGAUCGGCUGCAUAGAGGUGAAAAGAGAGCGACCAGUGCGACUCCUAAAAAUCCACCUACCAGUACAACCAAGAGCGUCAGAAAGCUUGUCUUUGGUACUCCAAAUAACAAAAAGCCUCCCACUCCAAAACCGACCACCUCUGGCAAACCAAAAAAAGCCUUCAUUUUCAUGCAAAGAAAGUCAAAAGUCAUGCCGCUUCCACCUCCAACUUCCACAAUUCCAGUAUCUCAACAACCUACUGCACAUUCCUUGCCACAAACCCAACGUUCUGGCAGUGGCAGUGCUUCCAACAAGAAAUCCGUCUUUGACCGUCUCUACCGAAAUGAACGACGAAGCACCAACUUAUGGAGGGACCCAGGUGCAAAGUGGGGGGAAAAGUAUCAGUUCAUUGCAGCUGGUGGAGCUGCCAAAACCAGCAUGAUCCCUCUAGCUGGGAUUCCUGCGACACCAGGGGUGAAGCGAAAGCUCUUCUUGCCGCUGUCCCCAGUUCCGUCAAGUCCAGAAAAUAAAAAACUGGCAUGUCUGCUCCAAAAUGCUUGGAGAUACCGUCAAGCGCACUCGCAGUUGAUUGGAAAACUAGCGCAGCAGUGGUCGGUGACAUGCUACCCCACCGACGGGACAGUAACUGCUAAUCGAAUACUGCGACUCAGACUUGGGAUACAAGCUCGCGCCGUUGCCAUCCGUAGGGCUGAUCUUUCGAGCAUGGGAAAGGGUACCACUGUAGGGGAACAGGAGGUGUCGUUUGAAACCAUUCAGGAGAUAUGCUUUCAAGCGUGGGAUGAUGACGAGCAUGUACUGCAGAAAUACUCAGUGCACGUGCAAUGUCAAGCUAAAAUGAUUCAAUUGUUGAGAACGUGGAGGCCCGAAAAGCUGGCUUUUUUGCUUUAUAAGUGUGCCCUUGAGCUGUCAACUGAAUACGAGACAAACAACCUUAUGCAUGCAGCAGCGGGCCUGUUGCAGCAAUGGUUCUUUUCCUUUGCGCGCAAACAAGCCCUCUCGUGUGAUGAUGGAAACAACACUCCCCAGGAGAGACAACAACUUCAGUCAUUGAAUUGGUUUCGUAACCGUCUGGAACGAGAGGCCGGGCCAGCAGUGUGGGCCCGAUUCGAUGACGCUGCCACUGUGAUCCAAGCUGCAUUUCGAAUGUUCUCGGCCAAGCGAUACCUUGAUUUGAAUUAUUCCUCUCUCGCCGUUUACAGAACGCGGCGAGAAUCGCGACAACGGCUGCGAGAGGGGGCUUCGCUGAAGAUCCAGGCAUUGUACAGAGGCCAUCAUGUAAGACGGCGCCUCGGAUCCAGCACAGCAGGGAUUAUCGUUGAGGCUUGGACGCAAAGGAAAAACGCGACAAAGGCGAUUUGCGUGGUCCAGUCCUAUGUACGGAUGAUUCUUAAACGCCUUCCAGAACCAGAGGACUAG